UCAUAUGCAUCUUAUGGGGUCCCAUCUAACAGUUUGUGGUGGAGCUUCAUCACAAGGAAAUGUUGCAGGCACCACGCCUAUGCAUUACACUCUAUCAUGUCGUGACACCCCACAACGUCAUGACACUCCACCAUGUUGCGACACCCCAGCACGUCGUGACGCUCCAACAAGUCGCGACACUCCACCACGUCGUGACACUCCACCCAGUCGUGACACUCCACCACGUCGUGACACUCCACCACGUCGUGACACUCCACCACGUCGUGACACUCCACCACGUCGUGACACUCCACCAAGUCGUGACACUCAACCACGUCGUGACACUCCACCCAGUCGUGACACUCCACCAAGUCGUGACACUCCACCAAGUCGUGACACUCCACCAAGUCGUGACACUCCACCAAGUCGUGACACUCCACCAAGUCGUGACACUCCACCAAGUCGUGACACUCCACCAAGUCGUGACACUCCACCAAGUCGUGACACUCCACCAAGUCGUGACACUCCACCAAGUCGUGACACUCCACCAAGUCGUGACACUCCACCACGUCGUGACACUCCACCGCGUCGUUCUGGGUCCCGGCAGACUGACUGUGGUGCAGCCUCCUUAGGAGGAGGGAAUGUGCGCACCAGGGUAAUUCAGGAGGAAUUUAAUUUUAGAAAAGAAAGAGAGAAGAGAAGACGAACUCUUUCAAUUCCAAAAAAAGGAAAGAGAGUGGAUGAUGAAGGCAGCAGAAGAAGUAUAUCUAAAAGCGAAGGCUGA